AACUACGUCAUUACAUUAAAAUGACGGUCGUACAGUAAGCUGUCAAAAGCUUGUUGCUUAAAUCUUUGCAGCGCUGCAAAGUGGGGAAGAAAUUAGGUCGGACAAGCUUUAAUUCUUGUUGCAGGGCAGGAAUUAGACGGACUGUUGAACAGACAUAUCGGGGACACUUGACAUCUUGUUUUCCGCUAGUUCAGUCGCCGUUUUGUCCGUGUGUCCUCCUGGCUGCUGCUGCGUGAUAUCCUUUCCUAACGAUGAGAUCAGCAAAAGAAGUGCCUUUGAGAAGACAACCCCAGUCUGAAGCUGGUUCCCAGUCAUAGCUGGCCUAUGCUCCGUUUUUAAAGACCAAUCUAAGAACUAACAUAUGAAAUCUCGACAGCAAACCUUUUGGUGCAAGUCUGCACACGUUCAGCACCAAGAAGAUUACUGAACUUUAGCCACAAGAAGCAGAAACGGAGAGAAGAAAAUGACCUAAGAAUGUUUUGCUGAAAUAACAUCUGGACGUGGAUUCUUUGAAACAAAGCAAAGAACAAAGCUGCAUUUAAACUUACAUGUUGUAUUAAUCUCCAGCUUUUAUUGUGGGAUUUCUUUGAACCGUGGGUUGACAUUUAACAUUUACUGUGUGGUGAAACCUCUUGGACAUGGCGCUAAAUAUGUCUUCAGUUAGAGACACCAAAUGGCUGACAUUGGAAGUCUGUCGCCAGUUUCAGCGGGGAAACUGUUCACGCAGUGAUGAGGAAUGCAAAUUUGCACAUCCACCCAAGAGCUGCCAGGUGGAAAAUGGAAGAGUCAUUGCCUGCUUUGAUUCUUUGAAGGGCAGAUGCUCAAGAGAAAACUGCAAGUACCUCCAUCCUCCUUCUCACCUGAAAACCCAGUUGGAGAUAAAUGGGCGCAACAACCUCAUCCAGCAGAAGACAGCCGCUGCUGUGCUUGCUCAGCAGAUGCAGCUGAUGAUUCCUGGACCGAGUCUGCAGCCUGUGGGACUCGGCGCUAAUACCAGUCUUGGUUAUGGGUCAUAUAUCACCCCUUUGAACCAUGGAAUGAGUCUCAUUCCCUCAGACAUCCUCUCCAGCACCCCGGUUCUUGUCCCUGGCAGCUCAGCUGUCACGGUCCAGUGUUCCUCCUCCUCCUCUUCCUCAUCUUCCUCUUCUCCAUCACAGAAGCUGCCGCGUGCAGACAAAUUAGAGGUGUGCCGGGAGUUUCAGCGGGGCAACUGCUCGAGAGGGGAGACAGACUGCCGCUUUGCUCAUCCCACUGACAGCCCAAUGAUUGACACCACCGAUAAUACAGUCACUGUUUGCAUGGACUACAUCAAGAGCCGCUGCUCCAGGGAGAAGUGCAAGUAUUUUCACCCGCCUGCACACUUGCAGGCCAAAAUCAAAUCCAGUCAACAGCAAGUCAGUCAGACCGGGAUGGCAGGCCAGGUCACAGCUGCAGCCAUGACUCAGUCGACCGCCAAAGCAAUGAAGCGACCCCUCGAGGCAGCUGUAGACCUGGCCUUCCCACCCAGCGUCCUGCAGCCCCUACCAAAGAGACCAGCCCUGGAGAAGAGCAGCUGGGCCAGCUCUCUCCUUUCACCCAGUUUAUUGCACUACCAGCAGGCUAUGGCUAAUUCACAGUUGCAGCAGGCUAUGGCAGCAUUUUAUCCUGCAGGUUCUGUCUUGUGCAUGACUCCUGCUAACAACAUUGAUCAUCCUCAAGUAACCAUCAGAAACAGACGUCAGUGCCACGUCGCAGCAGUUAAAGGUCUUUUUCAACCUCCGUACAAACAGUCUACUAGCAUCACACACAGCAUACAACAACCUGCAUGUUAAUAAAGUUGCUACUGAAAUGAGGGUUACUUUGCAUUUGCUGUAAGUGCACGCUUUUACGCCUGUGUUCAAUGCAUUUUCAAUAAUUUUUCGUGAUGCGUUCCCCCCCCUUUGCCGGUUCUGUUGAAGUCAAGGAUGAAAGCAUUUUGUCUCGUUAUACACAUUGUACAGUAACCUGGUCUGUUAAAAAGGCACUACAACUAGAGAAGUCACAAACGGCAGACAAAACAGUGUAAAUACAAUAUAAAAAUCUUCUUUUGAACUAAUCUUAACACAAUUAAUAGAGUUCUUACUUAUAAACCAUUUAAGUAUAUAGAUAUUUAUGGUUGAAAACAUUGAGUUUGGUCACAGAAAUGUCAGGUUGGUCCUAUAUUGCAGAUUACUUUUAUCUUCUUGAAUGUGCUAUUUAAUUAAAGUUUGUUUUUUUUUAUGACAAUUUCAUAGUGCCAGAUUUAAAUAUAUUUAGCAAACCAGUGGAAAGCACUUAUUCUAACUUUGAACCUCAUGUUGUGUAAAAUGAUAGCUGGCUUAUGGACAUCCCUUUAAAAUGCUCAGAGAGAUCCCCAGAGAACUGGAUCAGUGCUCCACCUUCUGGUGUGCCUUUGCAUUGCAUAGACAGGCUCUAUGCUGAGAGGAAAUGCUGUAUAAUUCAUCUGAUGUCAAAUAGUAGACCCACUCAUAAAACAUUAUGUCCUUUUAACAAUAUAAACUUCAUAUUACAAGUAAGAUGCUUAGAAGAUAUGGUUUAAACUAUAGGAAGAGCGGCUACAGACAUGAGAGAUUGCUUGGAAUACAACUGCUAAUAUUUAAACUAAAGUUGUUGUGUGAACAUUGUCAGAACUGUUUUGUUUGAAUGUUACAAGUGCCUAAACAAUCGUAGGUAGAAUUGCAAAACACAGUCCAUAUUUUCACAAAAGUAUAGAAGUUACUUUCUCUGAACUUAGAGCUUACUUUGAGUUCCUGGAACUUUCCUGAAUCAUAUUAGUUACUUUCUCAAAACUUACUGAGUUCCUAUAGAAAAGGAACAGCAUUGUGAAGUGACUUUUCUUGAACUUACUAUGUCUCAAAUCAGUCCUAUGUACCUUAUAAGUACCCAGAUACAACCCACCUCAUAAAUACAACCUGCCUCAUGAAAACAUUCAGUAUGUUCCAGGAAGUACCUAGCAAGCUUCGUGUCGGUUCCUGAAAAGAAAACUUGGAAAGUUCCAGGAAAGUGUCAAGUUUUUAGGAAAGGACGACCUCUGCGUUCCUCCAAAGUAACCUCUAAAUCCAGUGAAGUGCAGGCUGUAUUUUAUAGUGCUACUGAAUUGUACAUGCAAUGACAUCUGAGAAUACUUCAAAAGUUUUGUGUGCAAAUCACUUUGGUAAUGUACUAAUUAAGUCACUGAUGUUUGAGAUAGAUUUCCAUGCGUAGUUUGCAGUGCAAUGUCAGUGCAUUAGUAUUUUCUCGAAAUUCAAAUAAGGUUUUGUCCUUGACUAAAUUUCUCACAGACGUUCAAACUGGUGUAUACUGUGCAUAGGACCUAAUAUCCAGGUUUAAAAAUUAUAUUGUUAAAAACUAUGUUAAAAUACUUUUUGGUUUGAUAGAAUUUCAGAAGUAAAAAUUGUUUUGGUGAAAUGUACUUGUGUGGUUAAACCAUCACAGCAGCCAGACUGUCAUUUGUUUCUUUUAAGAGAAUAAUUUCUCUCUUGUAUAUUUGUAUUUUCUAUUCCAUCUUUUAGUUCUGUGUCUUACAAACUUUUGGCGAUUCUGUGUUUGUUUACCAUCUUUGAAUCAUUUUACACUUCAUUAGUUGAUACUAAAAUAAGUACAUAUGGAUAUUUUGCUAGUUUUAGGACACUUAAAAAUGUAUCCUAUUAUAUUUUAUGAUGAAUGUAAUUUAUUAAACUGACUUUGGAUCUGUUCAGUUCCUUAAAAACCUUGACUUGUAGUUUUAGCCUAUUACAAUAAAAGAAUCAGGACAAAGAAGAAACUGAGAACAUACAGUCCUCGUCACUGCCUUGUUACCUGUAAGAGACAACGAAUGUCUGUAUAAACAAGGCCGUUAAGUUGCUUGUUAUGUGCAGAAGUGCAUUGUACCACUUGUACAAAGGUCUGAAACUAAAACAGCUUGUGAUUUAAUGAGACUAUUCAGAUUGUUUGUAUAGCACUUUCGUUUAAAAUGUUACAAAGUGCUUCACGCGAGUAUGUCAUAUGAGUUGGUUCAGAAAGAUCUUCACAAGAUUAGAAUAAUAAAAUGUGUAAUAAAGAAACUAAGAUAUUUAAUUGGAUGUCAGGAAUUAAAGUGAUUGAAAACUUUGCAAAAUUAUGCAUACCCCUUGAAAUUUCUUAAUUUUCUUGUUCUAAAAAGCCACAAACUUCAGUAUUUUACAGGUAUUUAAUAAACAAAGACAAAGUGGUCAUAAAAGGAUACAUGAUUUUGAUUUAUUUUAACAUCAGAUCAAAAGCAUAUGGAAAGCAGUUGUUUUUAAGCUCUGGUCUGCCUAAAGAAACUGUAACAGUAACAAUUAGGCCUCCUAAGUUUCAUAUCUUUGGAUCUGCAAAGACCUCAGUGGGAGAAUCUUGACAACGCAACUCCUAAUGUUUCACUUUGCAAAUCUGGCCUUCAAGUAAGAGUGACAAAGAGUGGAAAGACAUAAAAAGUACAGUUUGAAGUUUGUUACAAAGCAAGUAUGGCACAUAGCUAAAAUGUGGAAGAAAUGUAACCAUUUGGCUUACGUCCAAAGUUGUAUGUGUGGCAGAAAACCAGAGUCCCCCAUGAAACAACUCAAGCCGUGCUGUGACACCUUUUGGUUGUCUGUAGGGUAAAAAGACCAGAAUGGCAUGUGGGGGUCUGCAGUCCACUCACUGUUACGCCUCUGGGAUACAGCAGAAAGUUGUCACUGCUCCCUGUCAGCUGACAUGUGUAGGAGUGAGCCAGCUUUCUGACUCAAAGGGUGAUGUAGCGAUUUACAGCAAUCACUUCACUCACAUCAUUUCUUGGUAUCAACACACCCCGGAGCGUUCGUGCUGGAGAGCACAGAGAUGGGAUAGAUCACUGGCUGUCAGCCAAGGGUAGACUCUUCAGUAGCAUUUAUGCAUGAAAAAGGACAAAAUUAGUGAAGUGUCACUUCCCCAAUGUGUUUAAAUGCUUAGAACGGAUGUUGGACAAUCAUUUUCCUCUUGUUUUUCAAAAGCUACGUUCUUAACUUGGUUUGUGGUUUAUUGUGGUUUACAAAAUAAUUUUUUUUUGUGAAAAAGGAUUCUAAUGCCCUGGACAUACAGUCUACUUUUGAAACAUUGUCAUGGCAGCAUUAAGCUGAGAGGAUGCUGGUCUGAGUUCAAAUGAAGAUGCGAUGAACUAAAUAGAGGGUAAUCCUGGAAGAAACGCUGUUGGAUGCUGGAAAGGGUUUGAGAUUAAAGUUGAGUUCACUUUCUAGCAGGACAUAGUAACUUUCAACAUACAGCCAGAGCUACAGUCAAGUGAUUAUCGCAAGAUUCAUGUGUCCCAGUCAAAGUCCAGACUUAAAUCUGCGUGAAAAUCUGCAUCCCUUCACAAUCAUGCCCUACUUUGUCUUUGUCUCUUAGAUAAAAACCAUGAAAAUACUAUGAAGCUUGUACUGGUAAUGCAACAAAAGUGAAUACUUUUGGAAGGAACUGCAUAUGUAAAUUUAUUUACAGAACCAAACAAUUUACAGUGGACCAAAACACUAAAACUUUCUGCAUACGUAGCCAAAUUAGCUAACCCAAGACCUUACUAGUGUCUCUAAAAGUAAGAAUAUAAUGAGUAAAAAUCUACCCAUCCCUUUUAAUUGAGAAUCUCAAAUCUUAUAUAAAGUCCCUGAUGUGAGUGCAUUUCUUACACACUGCUCUAUUCAGUGUUGAAGCAUUAAUAGUUCAGCAGCUGUAUUCAAUUUUAAAGUAUGAUUCCUUUUAACUUCAGUUUGUCACUAGCUGUGGAUAUGAGAUUUUCUUUUCUUUUUAUUCAACUUUCAAAUGUAAAGCACAUUUCUGAAUAUUUGUGUUACUUUUACGGACUAAGAGCUUAGCAGGAAUACGCAUGAGGCUGUUUCAGGGUUGGAUAUUUAAGACACGAGGAUUCGGACAUUAAGAAUGUUCAGUCUUACUGAAAGAAACGCCUCUCUUCAGCACUUUGGCAACUGUCAAAUGACUAAGAGGAUUUAUUUGUGAUAUUUGCCUUAUCUUUGAUCUAUCCUGAGUUUGUAUUUGUUCUGAAACUAUUGCGUUGUUCAGUGAUAUAAAUUUGACAGAUGUUUUUGUUAAUAUUCAAUAAGUUUGGAGUUGUGGUUGCAGAUUGUAUGACGAACCCAAAUGACAUACUGACAUGCCUGACGUUUAUUUGAUUGAUCAGCCUGGCAAUGUGUAUGAUUCAUUUAAAGAGUUAGCCAUCUCUUAUUAAUGCAGCCAUUCUGGUGAAAUCAGGUUGCAUCCUGGUGGGAGUUGUUUGUGCAUAAUAAUACAUUUCAUGUGGACAGUUUUGUUCAUGUAAAUUCAAAAUUGUGUAAAAUUUGAGAUAUUGCAAAUAAAGUAAUGUCAUAUACAUGCAA